AUGAAUAAAAAAUUUAUUUUUAUUUUAUUAAUUGUAUUUAUUUGUUUUUUAAAUAUUUCUCAAUCAAUUAGAAUAAAUAAUAAUAAAAAUAAUAAUAUUAAUAAUAAUUAUAAUAAUAAUAAUAAUAACAAUAUACAAACAAAAGAAAAGAGAGAAAGAAAUUUAAUUAAAUUUAAAGAGAUUGAAAAAAUAAGAAAAUUUUUAGGAAAUGUUGAAAGUUUAACAACAAUUCCAUUGGUUAGUAAUGAAAAGAUUAUAUUGGAAAAAUUAUAUUCCGAUUGGAAUGGUAAAGAUUGGGAUGAUAAUACAAAUUGGUUAAAUGGUGAUCCAUGUAUGAAUCAAUGGUAUGGUAUUGAAUGUAAUUCAUUCGAUGGUGGAAUAACAAAUAAUGUAAUAUCAAUUAAAAUGAGUUUAAAUAAUAUAGUUGGUGAAAUGUCAACUGAAAUUAAAAAUUUAGUACAUUUGCAAACAUUGGAUAUUUCAAAUAACGGCUUUUAUGGUGAAAUUCCAAUUGGAAUUUUUCAACAAAUGAAUAAUCUUUCCUAUAUAUCACUAAAUGAAAAUGAAUUCCAAGGUGAUUUAGAAUGGGCAUCGUAUUUACCAGAUUCAAUAGUUACAUUAUGGAUUGCAAUGAAUCAAUUUCAAGGUACUAUUCCAACAUUUUUUAGUAAAUAUCCAAUUUUAGAUUUACUCUUUUUAGAAGAGAAUUUAUUAAUUGGUACAAUUCCACCAGAAGUUGGAGAUUUAAAAAAAAUUAAAUUAUUAGAUUUUGGUUUAAAUACAAUUACUGGUACAUUACCAUCAUCAAUAGGGAAUUUAUCAUAUUUAGAACAAUUUUGGUUAUAUGAUAACCAAUUGGAAGGUAGCAUUCCAUUAACAAUGGGAAAUUUACAAAAUUUAAAAUUAUUUGAAGUAACAAGAAAUCAGUUAGGUGGAGAUUUAAGUGGUGUUUUUUUAAAUAAUCCAAAUUUAAAAUCAUUAAGAUUUUCAGGAAAUUCAUUUUAUGGUGAUUUAGAUUGGAUAUGUCAAUUGGAUGGAUUAAGAGAUGUUCAUUUUGAUAUUAAUAGAUUUGAAAGUUUACCAAAUUGUUUAGGGAAAGCACCAUUACAAAUGAAUGAAUUAUUAUUAGCAGAUAAUUUAAUUUCUGGUACAAUACCAUCAAGUAUUGGUAAUAUGAUUGGUAUUGAAUAUAUUAACUUAGCACGUAAUAAUUUAACUGGAACAAUACCAUCAUCAUUUAAUAACUUUUCAAAUUUAAAUAGAAUUGAUAUUUCUUCAAAUAAAUUUAAUUGUUCAUUAUCCGAAAUUUUAGAUCCAAUUAAACAUCAAACUCAUUUAACAAUUAUAUCAGCGCAAUAUAAUGAAAUUCAUGGUGAAUUUUUUGAAAAUAUGGUUUGGGAUGGUGUACAACAAAUUGAAUUAUUAACAAAAAUUUUUAUUAUUAAUCUUUCACAUAAUAAAUUAAGUGGACCAAUUCCAGAAUAUUUAUCUUGGAUGCCAAAUUUAAAUGAUUUAGAUUUAUCAUAUAAUAAUUUAUCAGGAACAGUGCCAAAUCAGUUAAGUUUUUUAUCAACAAUGUAUUUAGAAAAUAAUCCAUUUUUAGGAAGUAGUGAUGGUAGUUUACCAUUAUUUAUGGAACCAAGUGUUAUUUUUAUUCAUAAAGAUACUGAAUCAUAUGCAUGUCCAUCAAUUAUUGGUAAAGGAUUUGAUAUUAGAAUUUCAUUAGAUUCAACUUAUUAUAAUAAUAGUUUUUGUCUUUGUGAUUAUAAUUAUCGUGGUGUAAAUGGGUCAUGUAAAAUAUGUCCACAAGAUUCAUAUUGUCCAGGUGGUGGCAAUGAUAUUCUAAUUCCAAGCGGAUAUUACCCAAUGCCAUCAAAUGAAAAUCCAGAAUAUUUAUUGAAAUGUAUAAUUAGUAAUUUUGGGUAUACAUCAUGUAAUCCAGAUUCAUCAUAUAAUUAUACAUGCCAAGAUGGUUAUCAAGGUAGAUUAUGUUCAAAAUGUGUCGAUGGUUAUUUCCAUAAGGGAACAGAAUGUUCAGUUUGUCCAACCGGUCCACAAUCGAUUGUAAUUUUCAUAGUGGUUGUAGUUGUUUUCAUUGCAUUGUUUUUAUUCUUUGUAAUGACAGAUCCAAAAAGAUCAUUACCAUCAUCUACACGUAAAACCGUUAUGUAUUAUUACCAAGUUUUCAAUUUACUACUUUCAAAAUUAUCUCCAUGGCCAUCAUUUUUCUCAAUUUUUUACAGUGGUUCAAGUUGGUUAAAUUUUUCAUUUGGUUUCCUUUGUAUAAAUAAUUUAUCACGUUGGCCAAAUUUAUUCAUUGUCAUGAUUUGUUUACCAUUUGCAUUUUUGGUGAUUUCAAUUGUUUUCAUUGCAUCAAUGCAAUUAUUCCAUUAUGUAAAGAGUAGUUUAAAUGGUGUAGAUUACAUUUUCAAUAAGAAAUUAAUUUAUUCAGGUGUCCGUGUUAAUCUUUUAGCAUUGAAUUUCUUAUAUUUACCAUUGUGUAUUUAUAUCUUUCAAAAUUAUCCAUGUACAAAAGACCAAGUCACAGGUGAAUCGUUUAUGUCAUUUUUCCCAUGGCAAGAAUGUGGUGAUAAUUCAACACAUAAUCGUAUAAUGAGAUUAACAAUUGCAUUCACAAUUAUCUAUGUUAUUGGUAUACCAUUAUUAUUUGCGAUAUUACUAUUCUACAAUAGAAAGAGAUUAGAUAAUCCAAUGAUUUUAACAAUGAUUGGUUCAAUUUAUAUAGAUUAUCGUAAAUCAGUUUAUUGGUAUGAAUUGGUUGCUUUGGGUAGAAGAUUUUUCAUGGCAGUUUCAUUGGCUUUAAUCGAUCCAAAAUCAUCAUUCAGUAUAUUCGUUGUGUUACUCGUAAUUGGUUCAUCAAUUAUUAGUCAAAUCAUAUUUAAACCAUACGUUUAUAGAAUUAGUAAUUAUUCUGAAACUAUUGGUAAUUCAGUUUUACUUUUUAGUUAUGUUUGUAUUUUAAUUUUAUCAUCAUUGGCAACUACAAAACUUUAUGAUUCACAAGGUAUUGAAAUCAUUUUAUCAGUGGUUGUUGUGGUUUAUACUGUUUUAUUAUUAUUAUUAUUCUUAUUCUCUUUGAAAUACUUUUUACCAAAAAAAUGGCAAACAGUUAUCGAUUAUCAUAUCAUCAAAUUCAUAACAUGGGUUAGAAUCACUUCAAAUAAUUUAAUUUCUGAUAUUAAAGAUAUUAAUUCAAUUGAUGGCGAUGAUAGUUUUGAAACAACAAAAGAACCAAUUUUUGAAAGAACUGUCAGUAAUAAUUUAAAUGUUUUAGGUAGUUUUGAAUUAAAAAGAAGAAAUUCUCAAAUAAAUUCAAAUUGUAAUAAUAAUAAUAAUAAUAAUAAUAAUAAUAAUAAUAAUAAUAAUAAUAAUAAUAAUAAUAAUAAUAAUAAUAUUAAUAAUAAUAUAAUUUCAGCAAAACAAUUAGACUGUAAUAAUAAUAAUAAUAAUUAUAACGGUGAAAAAAUAACACCUGGUGAUGGUCAAGAUUGUUUAAUUAGUUUAUCGAUUGAUAAUAGUGGAACAAAUUUUAAUCAUAAUAAUGAUAAUAAUAAUAAUGAUGAUAAUAAUGAUAAUAAUAUUAAUAAUAACGAAGAGUUUAAUAAAAAUAAUUAA